CAAAAGUUGCUGUCACUGUCAUAAUCUGUUCUAUCUCUUUCUUUCUUUGACGUUUCCUUGAAAUCGUGCGAAUCGGGAGUCAAAAUGGUGAACGUACCUAAACAGCGCAGAACGUACUGCAAAAAAUGCAAGUGCCACAAGACCCACAAAGUGUCCCAGUACAAAAAGUCCAAAGAAAGGCACGCUGCCCAGGGUAGGAGACGUUAUGACCGCAAACAGCAAGGUUAUGGUGGUCAGUCUAAGCCCAUCUUCAAGAAAAAGGCGAAAACCACAAAGAAAAUUGUGCUUCGUCUUGAGUGCGCAGACUGUAAGGUGCGAUCACAGGUUGCACUGAAGCGCUGCAAGCACUUCGAGCUGGGAGGAGACAAGAAGAGGAAGGGACAGAUGAUCCAGUUCUAGGCUGGCUAAUAAAUAAGACUACCUAAA